AUGGCCACGUUAAAUGUACGCGAUGCAUUAUCGUAUCUGGACCAGGUGAAGGUCCAGUUUACGGAUCAUCCAGAUGUAUACAAUCGGUUUCUUGAUAUUAUGAAAGACUUUAAGAGCCAGACCAUUGAUACGCCGGGUGUCAUUGAGCGUGUAUCAACGCUGUUCCGUGGCCACCCCAGUCUGAUUCAAGGCUUUAAUACGUUCCUGCCGCCUGGCUAUCGUAUCGAGUGCAGCAUGGAUCCGCACGAGGGCAGUGUCAUUACCGUCACGACGCCCAAUGGUACGACCACCCAGACGCUGGGUGGAUCGUUGGGGCCGUCUGGUGUGCCUCGCAAUGGAAAGAUGGAGGGGUCGGCACCGCCGCCAGCCCCCGGCAAUGGCCCUCCGCCGCCUUCGUCGUCGUCCUCGUUGAGCGGCAGUGCGAAUGGGCCUGGUGCUUUGAUGCACGACGCACCGGCUACUGCACGUCCCGGUGGCGGCUAUGCGCCUGGCCCGAGCGAGUACAUGGAUCGCGCUCCGUUGCCGCCGGGUGUCUCGCGGGGUGGCCCACCCCCGCCACCGCCGGGUCUGAAUGCAGGGAAUGGCAGUGCGUAUGGCCCUGGUCCCGGUGCGCCGCCGCCUCCGCCGCCUGGUGCACCGAUGGGCUACGAGCCGAUGGGCCGUGGCGUACCUCCGCCGCCCCCGUCCGGGGGGGCAGAGACAGCGCCACGCCCGCCUGUGGAAUUCAACCAUGCCAUCAACUACGUAAACAAGAUCAAGCAGCGUUUCAGUGGCGAUCCAGAUACGUACAAGCAGUUCCUUGAGAUUCUGCAGACGUACCAGAAAGAACAGCGGCCCAUUCAUGAGGUGUAUGCCCAAGUGACGGUGCUCUUUGAUCAUGCCAAGGACCUGCUGGAAGAAUUCAAGCAGUUCCUGCCGGACACAGGCGCACCGCCAGGUGGCGGGGGGGGUCUGUUUGGCAUGCUGGGCCACGUGACAAAUGGGAUGGGCCCCGGAGGAGGACCGGACGGUAUGCCGCCUGGCGCUGCGCCGCCGUACGAGCCAGGGGCGGGCCGGCUUCCGCCGCCGCCGCCUCAUAGCAGUGCGGUGAGUAGUGGCAGUGGAAGUGCCAGUCGCAAGAAGCGCAUGGCCGACGAAGCGCAAGCCGAGGCGAUGUCGAUGCCGCUAAAGAUGGUCGGUGGCAGCAGUGCCAGCGCCGGGCGGAAACGCUCGAAGAAAUCCGAAGGCCCGUCGGGGGCGAUGCCUCCGCCACCGCCAGGGGCGCCGUACAUGCCGAUGCCCGGGCCAGGCGAGGCGAUGGGCGAGGCUGUGUAUCCGCCUGGUGCACCGAUGCCGCCAGGCUACGAGCCCAUGCCGCCGGAAGGCUACUUGCCGGCGGGGGCCAUGUACGGUAUGCAGACGUACCCGCCUCCGCACAUGAUGGGCGGUGGUGAUAUGAUGCCUAUGCCGCCGAUGGCGACGAUGGAUGAGGUGGCAUUCUUCGAGCGUGUGAAGAAGCACAUUGACGAUCGUGCGACGUACCUGGACUUUUUGAAGCUGCUCAAUCUGUACACGCAGGAUGCGAUUGAUGUCGCGACGUUGGUUGACCGUGCGUCGUUGUUCCUGGGCGGUCGUCCUGAGCUGCUGCAAGCGUUCAAGACGCUGUGUGGCUACGAUAUGGGCCGCCAUGGAUGGCUUGAGCAGGACGAUCCCGUGCUGGAGAAUGUGCCGGCACUGGAGCGAGAGCGUUUCGAUUUGUCGACACAGAAGUCGUGUGGUCCGUCGUACCGCAAGCUGCCGGCCUCGGAGGUUAAUCUCUCAUGCAGUGGCCGCGAUGCGUUGUGCUGGGAAGUCCUCAACGAUGGAUGGGUGAGUCACCCUACCUGGGCCAGUGAGGGCGAGUCGUUUAACCCGCACAAGAAGAACGUGUAUGAAGAUGCACUGUACCGCAGUGAAGAGGAGCGUCAUGAGUACGACUACCAUAUUGAGGCGAAUCUGCGCACAAUUGCACUGCUUGAGCCGAUUGCAGCGCGCAUUGCCGCGAUGGACAAUGAGGAACGUGCCGCGUUCCGUCUCAAGCCAGGUCUCGGUGGACAGAGCAAGAGCAUUUACCAGCGCAUUAUCAAGAAGGUGUAUGGCCGCGACCAUGGCCUGGAGGUCAUUGCCGCGUUGCACGAUAACCCUGCCGUGGCUGUGCCUGUCGUCCUUGCGCGGCUCAAGCAGAAAGACGAGGAGUGGAAGCGUGCGCAGCGUGAGUGGAACAAGGUGUGGCGUGAAGUUGAUGCACGCAACUUUUACAAGGCACUGGAUCAUCAGGGUGUGAGCUUCAAGAGCACAGACAAGAAAGCCAUCACCCCGAAGGUGCUGGUCCAGGAAAUCGAGACGAUUUCGAGCACGCAACAGCAGCGCCGCCUUACAAUGGACCCCAGUCUGCCGCGCCUCGCGCCGCGUUUCCAGCUGGCCUAUGCGAUGGACGAUGCCGAUGUCGUGGCAGAUGUUUGGCAGCUGCUGGCGCACUACUUGGAACGCCCCUCCGCCGGGCUCAACCAGCAGGAACGCACGCGCAUUCGCACGACGUUGCAGGCCCUUCUUCCUCGUCUGUGGCACAUUUCGCCAGAGACGUUGGCCACAUGCUUUACCCCGAAAGCGCGGCUUGAUCAGUCGGCAGAGGCUGACGAGGAGGCGGACGAGGCCACAGACGGAGGCGCAGCGACCUCCGCGUCGCCUUCCGCCUCGGAGGAGGCUGAAACGACAGCCUCAGCGGCUGCGAAGCCUGCGUCGGUGGAUACGUGGCACAUUCAUACGCCGACGGCCCCGUCGUCGUCGUCGUCAUCAUCAUCGUCGUCGUCAACAGCCAUGACGUCACCGUCGAUCCACUUGUUUGGUAAUACGACGAUGUACGUGUUUGUGCGCCUCUUGCAUCUGCUGUACGAGCGCCUGCAUCGGCUGAAGGAGGCCAGUCGUCAGAUGGCCGACGCGACCGACGAAACGUGGUCGAAAGUCAAUCCCCUUGCGGCCGAGCUGGGCUUGAUGGACACGGCGACGGGCCCUGGCGGUCUGGUCAGCUCCAUUGCGGCCAAGCUGCCUGGCACGUUGGCCGCCUCGACUUCGGACGAUGGCAGCUCGGACGCCAUUGCCGAGGCGGAUCAGGCGGUGCUGCGUCUACAUCCCUCUCAGUUCUACCCGAUUGCCCUGGAGCUGAUUGUGCGUCUGCUCGACAAUGAUGUGGACCAAGCGUCGUUUGAAGAGGCGAUUCGGUUCAUGUUUACGCGCGAAGGCUACACCAUCUAUACCAUCGACAAGGUCAUGCAAGCCCUAUUCAAGACAUGUCUUACGAUGAGUGCGGACGCCAAAUGCCAAGCACUCCUAGCCAACUUUGAAUCGACGCAGCAGGCCUGUGACGAAAUGCGGACGACGUCAAAGGAGGAUGGCAAUGUCGCGAUGUACAAACACGUCAUCGCCUCGCGUAUGGAAGCCGAGCAUACCGUGGGCCGCGAUGAGCACUUGUUCCGAAUGGAAACGAAGCCGGCGCCUGUAGCACAGGGCGUGCUGCCGCCUUGUGAGCUGCGGAUUCAGUUGCUCUCGCACGACGACAUGACCCUGGAAGAUCCACAGGACGCCGAGCAGCGCUGGCUGCAGUACAUCGCGAGCUACUGUCUGUGGGCCCCCACCGAGGGUUUGUCGGCCAAGACCAGUGCGCCGCUGCUCCAGCGCACGCUCCCAGCGUCGCCAGAGACAGAAGUCGACCCCGAAGGAACGCGCUACCUCGUCAAGAACGGCUUGGACAUUCGUGUGUGCAUGAAGACGUACCGCCUGUUUUUCGUGCAGGAUACCGAGGACGUGUUUGCUCGUAUUCGCCCUGCGACGGCAACCGAAGCGCAUCGCGCGACGGCAGAAAAACAUGCCGCGUCACGGAAGCAGCGUUGGGACGAAUGGCUGCGUAUACGUCAUGACGUGAUGACCGAGACGCAGGCGGCGGCACAAGCGGCGACAGCUCCGGAGACGAGCGAAUCGGCAACGACGCAGCGAGUCGAGACGUCGGCUCCGACCGAGCCCUCGUCUAUGGCGCAGACUACAGAGCCUGCUGCGGAUGUCUCCAUGACAGACGUGGACGAGAAAGCCACGACCGCGGCGCCGACCAAUGACACGGCAGACACGGCCGCCACCUCGGCGCCAGCCGCAGAGCCUACGAUGGCGACGUCACACGAAGAACCGCCUCAAGCGCUGCCGGCUACGUCAACAUAG